CUACCCCAUUCUGGAUACUCAGCCCUUGAUAAACACCUCCCUCACUCUUCCCCAUGAGUCUUAUUCUUCUCAGCACAUUACUUUACUCACAUCAUUCAGCCUGACGAUGUCUUCAUUUAUGCGAAUCUUUGGUUUACUCCUAAUCUGCUUUUACAGUCAUGUGAGCGCCGUUACAUUUCAAGAAUUUCCUCCGCAGAUAGUGAAAGAGAGCAGUGAGGUGCAGAUUCAGUGCAGCCAUGAUGAUAGUGGCAAACCACAAAUGCUCUGGUUCCAGCAAAAAAAGGACAGCCUGGUUCUGACUCUCAUUGGGUAUGUGUACGGACAAGGUUCCCCAACAUACGAAGGGGAGAUGGAAAAACAAUUCAAGCUCACAAAAGAGGAAACAACGAAGGGAAAGCUGAUCAUUCGCAGUGCAAACCUGUCAGACUCGGCUGUUUAUUUCUGCGCUGCCGGGACAGGGGGCUACGACCCUGCUUACUUUGGCAGUGGAACCAAACUGACUGUGCUGGCAAAAGACAGUGAAAUUAAGCCACCAACAGUGGAAGUGCUUCCACCGUCAACGAAGGAGUGCCAAAACAAAAUAGAGACAAAAAAAAGGAAGAAGACGCUGGUUUGUGUCAUCAGCAAAUUCUACCCAGACCAUGUCAGUGUACACUGGGAGAUCGGUAAUGAGGAAAGAAAGAAGGGUGUGGCGACGGACAACAUGCCCGCACAGCCGAACGAAGGAGGGUUUUACAAAAUCACCAGCAGGCUGAAGGUCGACGCCAAAGAAUGGUUCAAUCCCGACAAUGAAUUUCACUGCAUUGCCAGCUUCUUCAAUGGGACAGUAACUGCAAACUAUACAGAUUCAAUUAAUGGCAUAAAAGCUCUAAACACUGGAAAAAACAUAACAACAGAGGAUUAUUUGAAGAGAAGUCAGGCCGCCAAGCUCACCUACGGCGUUUUAAUCGUCAAGGGCUGCAUCUACGGCGCCUUCGUGAUGUUUCUGGUGUGGAAGCUUCCGGGUUCAUCUGGAAAGCGGAACAACUGAGAGCUGAGUCUGAGCGAUCCGCUUCUCCGGGAUGUUGCUGGUGUCUGUAAAUAUUGGCUGAAAACUUCGAAGACAAAAACUUAGGCAAUUUUGUAUGUUGCACUGUGUUUCCUUUUCACUCAAUUCUGCUAAAAUACAGCUGUAGAUAUACAGUAUAUAUACUAUUGUUACAACCUUAAAGGUGUAAUAUGAAAGAAUUGUAGGACUUCACUGAAAUUGAAUCUGGAGGAAAGACAGUUUUGAACUUGUGACAUCUAUGAAUUGUUUUUGAAUGUUUAGCACACAGACCGCUAGCUGCACAGCUAACUGAGCUAACCAGCUACGGUUAGCAGUUCUUACAUAUUGCACCUUUAAGGCUGAUCUAGUGUGGCCUUUUUAUACGUACUCACAAUGAUGAUAAUAAGUCCUCUUUGCAUGUGUGUUCGUGGUUGUGAAUCAACUGUUUGCUGAAUUUUCUUCUCAAUAAAAAUGUUUUAGAGCAUCUUAAA